UCACAAUACACACUAGUAUGCUGAGCGGUGCAGUAGUGAUCAUUGGUAUUUAGAGAAAUUCAGUGAUUAGUUUUCCGUGUCUAUGUGCGCUGGCAGGAGCUUCUCCUUCGCCGAAAAUGUCGGGCCCGGGGCAUUCGCCACAGACCCAGCAGACCCCACAGGAGUAUCUUACCAACCUCCAGCGAAAAGGUUCCCUCGGAGUUGCAAGCCAGGAACACAGUCCAGAGUUAAAGCUAUCUUCAGCUGACGAGCUUGAGAAUGAACUAUUGGAACGCCUGGAGGAGAGCACUUCGUCCAUCGACUGGCUCAACGAAACUCUCUCCAACCCCCACAAAGAUGCCGAUGCCAGCCGCGACCAUGCCAAGCCAUUCGCGGAAGCUAUGCAGUCGCUCGAGCGAGACUUACAGCGCGUCUCCAACUUUGUUGUACGGUCCAGCUCUGAGUCGCAACGUCAGACGGAUGCCACUAUGAAGCGUCUGCAGUUGUCUGUCCCUCAGCUGAAGUUUGAUCUCAAACUCUUCAAAGAAUCCACCCUGGUGCUUAAGACAAGUGCACAGCUCUUGCAAGAACGCUCUCGAAUCCCAGCGGUGUCCGGCACCGACUCUUUGGAGAAACCUGAGACGACAUCUCUCGAGCGCCUCAGUCGGUUGACCCUCCUCAAAGAACGCAUGUCCGCUGCGCGAGACGUUCUCCGAGACGCUGAGUCCUGGUCCACACUCGGAGCUGACGUGACAGCUUACCUCGGCGAGGACAAGAUUGCAGAAGCGUCACUGCGUCUGGCAGAAGCGCUGAGCUCAUUAGCUGUAUUCGAAAGGACGGAAGUAUACGAGCAGCGUCGGGCAUUGAUGGACAGUCUGACUGCUCGGCUGGAGGACGCUGUCACAGGUCGUCUGCAGGAGGCGGUAGAGGCAAGAGAUUUGAAGACAUGCUCGAAACUCGAAGAAAUACUGUCAUGCGUAAAUCGAGGACACAUAUUCGAGAGAUGCUGGACGCAAACUAGAAGGCGAACCGUCUUUGCUGAAUGGAAGUCAGUUCGACUGUUGGGAAGCGGCGAAAGCACUCCCGACGCUGCCUCGCUGGCGGAUUACCUCCCUCGCUUUCACCAAUUGGUUCAGAAUUUGCUCAACGAAGAACGGAUCUACGCGCCCACCCUCUUUCCAAAGGAUCCAUCGGCUCAUAUCACACGGUUUUUGUCUGCCUGCAUGCAAGAGCUGGAGCCAUCAAUGGCGCAGCGGCUGGGCGAGAUGGUCAUCGACAAGGGCGAACUGGCGCUGGAGAGUCUUAUGCGCUGCUGGGAAACAACGCAAAGCUUCGCACUCGCAACCCAGCGCCUGGUCGCAAAGGUCAAGCCCGCAGCCGACAACACGGGCGAGAUCAAGGCGGGCGAGUCGCGGGUGACGCCUCCCAUUCCCAUGCAGAGCCCUACGGCAACGGCUAAAAAGCUUGCGCCCGAGCCGGUGGUUCUGCCAUCCAAUGCGAACUGGGAUAUUGCGCUGUUUGAGCCAUUCCUCGACUUUCAGUGCAACUUUCGCCAGCUGUGCAACAGGCAAAUGAUGGCCAAGUGGAAGAAAGAAGCGGAGGCCUGGUCUUCACUGCGUGAUGCGAAGAGUCCGGAGAUCGACUCUGCAGAGCUGAUCCAGCUUGGAUCGUCUAGCUUCGAGCUAGUAGAAGAGACUCUGGAAGUAUGCAUGAGUUUCACCAAAGGCUUUGCGACGUCACUGCUGCUGGAAGCGGCAGACGACGUGGUUGCGGCUGUGUUGGCCAGCUUCGACGAGCGCGCUCGAUUGAGCAAUUCUACCAUCGGUAUCGAGCAAGGUAUCUUGGAGAAAGAUGUGAAAUACGCUGCUCGCAAGCUCGAUGCAUGUCGCCAGUUGUUCGUUAAGCUACAAGAGACGGAGCAGAAAGUGGCGGAGGUCACCUCACUGACUGCUCAGUAUCUCGAGAACGACGCAGAUGAAGCGCGUUCCAGGCUGCUGCAGAGGUCGACACUGGGCAGCCUGAAGCUACUCGAACAAAGCGCACUAAAGUCUGCGUCACUCUCCAGGACAUUGGAGCGUCUCACUCUCAUCGUCCUACAAGGACCUGCCCGAUCACUCUUCAGUAAUGAGCUGGUCUCUCUACCAAAUGCGCGACAGAAGCUCUUGCAGCUCGUCAAGACGACCCAGCUCGGCAUUCAGAACAUCAUCUUGCAGCCGCUCGUCGCCCAGAUUCUCGUCUAUGCAUAUCUGCCCUCCUGGACGGCGCGCAACUUACCUGGCGCUGACAACGAGUACGACCUGCACAUGCCGACAUUCAGCUUGAGCCCGACCGAGACGAUGGCGAGCCUCUGCGAAGGCCUUUUGGAUCUGCCGCGUCUGUUCGAAGUGUAUGCGCAGGAUGAAGCAUUGGCAUUCUGUGUGCACGCUCUACCGUUUCUGGAGGUGCCCAAGGCGGAGGGGCAACUGCCACAGCAGCAAGCAGGUGGAUCUCCCGCUACGCCGUUGCCGCCGACCACGCCGAUGGGCGCGCGCCGUUCGUCCUUUCACCCAGGAGCGCCAUCGCCCAGCGCUGAGCGCCGUGCGUCAUUCCAUGGGCGCCGUUACAGCCAUGUCGCAGUGCCGCGUAUAUCAGACGGCCCCGAGCAAAUGCCACCGAUAACCACGUCUCCUACCCCCGCACGGCGUCCCUCCGCUUUCGAUACUGCAGAGGGCGAAGACACGGCCAAGCUGUCGGCAGGAGAGACGCUGUCGUACUGGCUGCGCUCGCUCAUCCUCACUCUAAUUACGCGCAUGACGACUGAGGCGCUGCCCAGCCUGCCGCGUCUCAGCCCAGCGGGCGCAAAGCAGCUCGCAACGGAUCUGGAGUACCUCUGUAGCAUCCUGGACGUCCUCAACGUCGAUCCGAACGAUGGCGGGCUUCUAUCAUGGAAGCAAGCGGCGAGCUUGAGCGAUGAGGAUGGAAAAGCACUCGCGGCUAAGACUUCGGCAGGAGCGGGCGCGAAGACAACGACGGAAGCCGCAGUGGACAGAUCGCUCAGAGAUUCACGGCCAUUUGCAAUCAUGGCAAAGCUGCGAGGGUUUGGUCGUGUAAUAUAAUUAAUAUCUUGC